GUUCAAUUUAUACAUCGCCAUGGUCGACGUCGAUCGCCGGAUGUCUAGCCUCGCCACCUCCCACGCUGCUGGCCUACGCCGCCUCUCAGCCCGCGCCUGCUCCGCUCCCGCGUCCCCUUCCUUAUCCGUUUCCUACUCCCACCGCAGCGGCCUCCUGUCCUUCCGCCCCCUCGCGGAAUCGAUCCUAGCCCGCCUCCGCGCCGCCUCUGUCCCUGUCAACACCGGCCUAUCCGAAGCCGAGAUCGCUGGUAUCGAGGGCCAUCUAGGUUUCUCCUUCCCCCCGGACCUCCGCGCGCUUCUCAGCCUUGGCCUCCCCUCCGCUCCCGGCUUCCCCGACUGGCGCUCCUCCCAUCGCCGACUCCGCGCUGCCCUCGACCUCCCUCUGGCAGCUGUCUCCCUCCAGGUCGCCCGCGGUGCGCUGUGGCCACGCGCCUGGGGCCGCCGCCCGACCGUCCCCGAUCGGGCCAUGUGCCUCUCGCGCGCCGAACUCCGCCGCACCCCCAUCCUCAUCCCCCUCUUCGAUCGGUGCUACCUUCCCUGUUUCCCCUGCCUCGCCGGCAAUCCCAUCUUCUACGUCGACGAGCACAGACUGUUCAGCUGCGGCCUUCACCUCGCCGACUUCUUCCAGCGGGAACCCGCCUUGUACACCGCUUCUCCGGUUCCCCUAAAUCCGCCCCCUCAGCCGCCUCCCGCAAGACGGAGCCUUGACGCCGUUCCCGGAAACACGCCCCGCUGGAUCGAGUUCUGGAGCGACGCCGCCUCCAACCACCGCCGCAGCCACCGCCACCGCCGAAAAUCCUCGUUCUCCACCUCCUCGUUCUCUUCCUCCUCCUCCUGCGGAUCAGCGUCACCGACGCAACUAGAUCCGGAGCAAUUCGUUGAGAUCCAGCCGCCGAGUCGGCUCCCGAUCUGGGUCGAUGGAUACCUGAACGCCGUCGGAUCCGUGCUUCGCUCCGCCGGCUGGGACGAUUCUGACGUCAACGAGAUCGUCCGCGUUCCCGCUUCUGGAAUGUUCGACGCCGACGAUGAGCCAUGGGAGGCGGCGAUCGACUCCGAGGCCGCGCUCGACGCACUGAUGGUGAAGGCCGAUCGCUGCUCCGAUUCACUCAGGCGGGCAGGCUGGAACCCCGACGAGAUCUCCGACGCGUUGGGGUUCGACUUCAGGCGACAUUGGCGGCGGGGAGAGAGGUCGCAGGUGAAGCUGCCACCGGAAAUCGCCCUCAGGGCGGAGAAGUUCGCGGAAGCCGUGGCCCCACCAUAAACCAGAUCCAAAAAUAAACAUUUUUUUUUCAAAAAAAAAAAUGUUUGAAUUCGAACCAAUUCUGUUUUAUGGCUUAACGUUCGAAUCGCUCUGUGUACGAUACGGUACAGGAGCCCCCAGCGAGAAGAUAAAAUGUACGUGUACAGUAGAAGGACGUCAUUAAAUUUACCAACAAAAUAAAUAUGUGAAUUUUUAACUGUUGUAUUAA